GCAGGUUGUUCUCUGUUUUUUCCAAGAUGUGUUUGUGUCCUUGUGGAUCUCUAGGACCCUGUGGCUAAUUCAAUGUGGUUGAAAGCCUGACGCUUACUGAAGCAUUCCCAUUGUGUCCAAGAGGCCUCUUUCCCACUCUAUGGAGGCAGGGCAUAGCCCGCCGGCCGAUGGGAAGCGGUCUGGAGGGCAACAGCAGCCUCUUUCUGAGCCUCCAAUCAGUUUGCCUCAGUCCCCUGUUCGACAGUCACCGCAACUGGCUACCUCACGACCUGCACAUGGAUCACUUGGCCGCCAUCAGCAUCGGCAACCAAAACGUAGUGAUCUGCACCACCGGCUUCAACAACAGCAGUCACAUGUUUCAGAGGGAGGAACAUCUUGGCAGCUUUUAAAUGUUCCAGGUCCUUCGAGAGGCAGCUUGUCUUCAUCUCCUCUCGAAUCCUCCUCUAACCAACUUACUCUUGGUCACGGUGCUCCCACUCAGUCUACUCAAGAAAGACCAGAAGUUAUCUCUUCUAAAAGGGAACGUAAGCCUCAGAAACCAGGAAAGUAUGUGUGCACUUACUGUGGCCGUCCUUGUGCAAAGCCCAGUGUCCUCCAAAAACACAUCCGUUCCCACACAGGUGAAAGGCCCUAUCCUUGUGUGCCAUGUGGUUUCUCUUUCAAGACCAAGAGCAACUUGUACAAACAUCGCAAAUCCCAUGCCCAUCGGAUAAAAGCCGGCCAGGCCUCAAGCCGUGAUGAGCAUAGUUUAAGUGGACCUGAGAGUAGUACACAGGUAGAUGAGCAUGAGGAGCCCUCUGAAGGAGAGAGCACUGAUUCAGAGGAUGAGACUGGUCAGCAUCGGUCAUCCACCUCUCAAGACAGGCCAACUCUGAAGAAGAGUUCAAAUGUUGAACUCUCAUUCUCAGAGGAGAGUCAGCGAACAGAUGACUCUCAGGCAGUCAAACAGAGGCUGGCGAUGCGACUCAGUGAGAGGAAACGUGUUCCUAGGGCCUCACCAGAUGAACCUUCAUCUUCGCUGGGUCCUGGUAGCAAGGGUAGUACGGAGUCUGGGUACUUCUCUCGCUCUGGAAGUGCUGAGCUUUCCCAGGUGAGCCCUCCCAGUGCUAAUGCCAAAAGCUAUGCUGAAAUCAUUUUGGGCAAAUAUGGGCGACUGGGUCAACAGCAAAGGAGCCCUCAUCAGUCCCACCCCCAGCCCUCCUCUUCAUCUCUAGGGAAAGACGAAAAAUCUGUCCCUUUCAACGUGCCCAAGACACAAGUCAUAGAGCACAUUACCAAACUUAUCACCAUUAAUGAGGCUGUAGUGGACACAAGUGAGAUUGACAGUGUCAAACCAAGACGUUCCUCUAUCUCUAGGAGGAGUAGCAUUGAAUCUCCCAAGUUUUCAUUACCCAAAGAUCCCAAUGUGUUUGAUCCAAAGGGAGAUGUGCCAGGCUCCAGUAGUAGCACUGGAUUUGGUGUAUUUGCAGAUGAAUUCCAGUGUUCCCAUGUACCUGAUGCUGAGGCACUUGCUUGUCAGGUCCCUUCCACAAUUUUCAUGAGAAGUCAGUCCAUGCCAUCCACUGCUGGCCAGGAUGAUCCUGCCAGCACAUCCUCACAUAGUUUUCGUCUAAGCCACUCUUUCGAUGAGCAACAGGCUGCGGCAGCUGAGAUGAGAGUUGGUUCCCAUCACCGUAUGUUAAGGCGCCAACCUGCUAUUGAGGUUCCUCUCGGACCUGAUUUCAUUCCAGAGGAAACUUGCCCGUCCACUCCUUCAGUGACAGGAUCAGACUCAGGUUGGAAACAAAACCAGGGACAAAGGCUUUAUGAGUGUGAAGCUUGUGGCAUUCACUAUGCAAAGAGGGAAAGUUAUGAGGCCCACAGAGUCUUAUGCAUGGACAAGUUUCCUCAGAAGGAAACUAGCACAUUCUGUGAAGAUCGACCACAGAUGAUGCAUCACAAGUUCAGAGCAAUAGCUAUGGCGGUGCGCAAGAGAAGGAAAGAAGAAAGUCUAGAAGAAGACCCACAAAGCCCAGGUCCUGCAGCUGUGUCCAUUAACCCUCUUGCCACCACCUCAGUGCCAGGAAGGGAAGAUAAUAUUCAGGGUUUCUCAGGUGCCCUUUCACAAGUUGAGCCAGAGAGGAAGGGCUCUUGGAAAGAGAUUUCUGUUAUACAGCACACCAGUUCCUUUGAAAAGCAAGAAAGCAUGUCAACUGAGAGCCAGGAGGCAGAGCUAAAGCAUCAGCCAGCAGAACAACAGGCAAAACCAACCACCACAUCCCGUCUAAUUCGCCAACCAAACAUUCAAGUGCCAGAAAUCCUAGUAACAUGGGAAACAGACACUGAGAUGGUAUCACCCCCAGCAAGUACAUCCACUUCCAAAGAAUCAGAGAAGGCAGAAGAAUUUCAAUGGCCUCAACGUAGCCAAAGUCUUGCUCAGCUCCCUGCUGAGAAGCUCCCACCAAAGAAGAAACGUCUCCGUUUAACUGAGGCGGCCCAGUCAUCUGGAGAAUCCAGCUUUGAGUCAGUUUCCUUACCCCGCAGCCCCAGUCAGGAGAGCAAUGUGUCCCAUACAUCUAGCCGUUCUGCCUCAUUUGAAGAAUCUGGCAAGCCAGACUCUGAGAUGCAGACUGUAACUUGGAGCUCACAAGGAUCUCAUAUGUUGACAGUACCAUCAGGGCUUCAUCAGCAUCAUCAUUCUCACAGGGAAAUGCGGCGCUCUGCCUCAGAGCAGGCCCCUGCUAGCCCCCCACACCCUUCCCAAAUAGUGGAAGUAAGAAGUAAGUCUUUUGACUAUGGGUCCCUGUCUCCACAACACACUUCAGCUUCAUGGAGAGAGAGACGGAAAUGUCUCCUGGUUAAACAUGCCACCCUUGGGGAACCUGAACAGGAGGAACCAUUUCUUGGCCCAUCUAGUAAACCUGGGAGCCCAAAUGUGUGCCAGUCCUACCCCAGCCACCAUGAACUGUCAAUAGGUGAGCACAGUGUUGGCAGCACCACCUCUAGGCUUAGUGCUGAAUCUGUAGGAAAAACACUGCAGCUUUUCCAAGGUCCAGUCCUUCCCCUUCCACUGCACCCAACAAGUCCAGAAAGCUAUUCAUCAAGACAGCUGACAAAGCUCCUCCCGGUUACCACAGCAAUAUCUGAGGUUUUAUCAAGUCAGAUAAUUCAGCAUGCUCUCUUACAGACAACAGCCCCUCCGCUUCAUUCAGCACAGCUUCAUGUAGCAGAACGCCUUGGGCUUCCCCUGCAACAGUUACCCACGUUGUUUCCGUUGCAGUACUCAAGUGGACUUACCCAGGCUGUGUACUUUCCUGUGUCUGGUGGUUUGACAAUACAGGUACCGCAUUCAGGACCUCCUUACAGAGGAUCUAGGCCAUCUCCUCCCUUGAUGCCAAGCCCAGGUCCCUCACAUCAGCAUCUAGUUCCUCACCACCACCCUCGUCCCACCAUUGCUCCCUGCUUGGAACAACUUGCACCAGUGGUGUCAAUUGUGGUACCUGUGCGCCUUCAGACCCAUAUUCCCACUUACGCUAAUGCCAUGUACACCACACUCUCCCAGAUUUUAGUCACUACCCAGUCUCAGGUGCCAAUCUGCUGCACAGCUAUGGUGAUCAUGGGGAAGCUGGAAGAGGCCAAGCCUCAGAGAUCCUACCUCAAGCUACCUAGCCUUGACUCCAAGAGCUGUAUACCUAUGUCAUUGCCUUUGGAGUUUUCACCAGGCACAGGAUCUGAUGAGGGCUAUGGACCACUGGGUGCUGGAGGGAGUAAACGUAUGCUUUCCCCUGCCGGGAGCCUUGAACUCAGCACAGAGGCACAACGGCAUCAAAAACGGGUCAAAGAAGAAGACGAUAAAGAGAGGGAAAAGGAAGAAGAGGAAAAACAGUGCAAUGAAAAAGCUUUGGAGGAAGACCAGGGAAAAGACAAGGGUAGAAAAACACUGGAGGCAGUGUUGUGUAAAGAAAGAAAGAUGAAAGUGAAGGAGACUGAGGAGUUACAAGAGUCCAAGGAGAACAGUAAGGCAACUGCAGAGGGAAAGGCAGAGCUGCUUAAAAAGGAGGAGAAGGAGGAAGAGAGCCAUGGAUGUACGCCAAGGGUUGCAAGUCCAGAGAGAGCCAAAAAACCUUCUUACCCCAGUCUACACACAUCCACAUCAGUCAGCUGGUGCUAUCUAAACUACAUAAAACCCAACCCAUCUGCACAGAGGGACCCACAGACCUCGGUCUACUCCUCAUGGAGUGUCAGUAUGCAUAACCCCAAUCUGCCCGGUUUCUCCACAAAGAUGGUGCUCUCACUGCUGCGUUCAAAACAGAAGCACAGCUCUGAGUGUUACACCAUGGCCACAGCCCCAUCACCUACCACUGGCAAACUGGUUACUGCCAACAACAGAAAACCCAAAGUGUCAGAGGUAUGUGUUACCCCACCAAGCACACCAGCCAGAGUAAAAGAAGAACCUCUAAGCGAACAGGAGGAAAAGAAAGAAAAGAGUGGAGAAGAGACACCCUCUACCUCCAAACAGAUCGAGCCUCCACGCAUUCAAAUUUUUGAAGGCGGGUAUAAGUCUAAUGAAGAGUAUGUGUAUGUGCGGGGUAGGGGCCGGGGGAAGUAUGUGUGUGGGGAGUGUGGGAUUCGCUGUAAGAAACCUAGCAUGCUGAAGAAACAUAUCCGCACUCAUACAGAUGUCCGUCCCUAUGUCUGUAAGCACUGUAACUUCGCCUUCAAAACCAAAGGGAACCUCACCAAGCAUAUGAAGUCAAAGGCUCAUGGUAAGAAAUGCCAGGAGAUGGGAAUCUCUGAAUCCUCCAUGGAUGAGCUUGAGGCUGAGGAAGCAGUUGGCAGUGAAGAACAGGUUUGUGAGUCAGAAGAACAGGAAGAGCACCAGUUUUCUGAUGUUGAAGACUCAGAGGAUGAUGACAAUAACGAAGAUGAAGAGGAUGAGGAGUACUCAUCUCACGAGGACCCACCCUCGUCGUGUUCCACUGACACUCGUCCAUCCACAGGAGGGCGCUCGGACGGCGGACGCGGUCCGUCAUUAGACAACCCCGAUCCCACCGGUCCAGAGAAAGAGGACGUACCUUCACCCAGGAAGCAAUGGCCCAGUGGGCAAGCAGCAUCUCCGAGCAGCAAGAGGGCGUUGUUCUCUCGUAAGGGCUGGAAAGCUUCACCACGAGGCUUCUCACCUGGCAGUGAGGGCUCGCCCCUCAGGAGUCCGUCACCCAGGCUGGACUUGUCCUCGCCCAAUAGGCACCUCUCUCCUUCACCAGAACGAGGUCCCUCCCCUAUCAGAGCCCUUUCCCCGAUCAGACCUCUCUCCCCUCUGCAGCCUCUCUCCCCUGGCCGUUAUAGGAGCUCCCGAGCUCUCCUCUCUCCUACGCCCCUCAGGCCUCAGCACAGACCCCACAGCUCCCCCGCUCACCUCCCCUGGGACUCAGCGAGCAAACAGGCCAGCGUGGGUCACCAGGAGAAGACUGGUACUCCUCGGGAGGGGCUAAUAUUCCCAGACCCAUGCCUGCUACCUCCUGCUCUGCGCCUCUCUCCCAAUGAAUCUUCAGCUCACAUCCCACCUAGGGCAGUGGACGUCAUGUUCAGUCACCUGCCUUUACACUCCCAGGACAAUGCUCGCAUGCCCUACCACAUGAUUCCCAUUGGCGGUAUCCAAAUGGUUCAGGCCAGACCCAGAUCUCGGCCUAAACUGGAAAGAGGUCCCUCAUCCACCCCGUCGCCCACCUCCCCAAAGGAGGAUUUGCCCUUUUCCCCAGCAAGAACGGAUACGACGCCCUGGGGUUCGUACGUUGGAACAAAUUGGCAAAGUACUCAUUUGGACAGUUGGUUACAGAGCCAAGAGGAAGGAGCUGGCCAGUCAGGGCUAUGCAGUCCUAGUACAAGUUCCACACUUCCUAAACCCUUGAGUUUACAGCCGUGCACAGGAAAACGAGGGGCAAAAGACAAAAAGCAAUAUGGCAGCUUGUACCAUUCCACUAAGACUCACACCCUUGUUCCUGAGAAAACCGAUCAAGUGACUACAGACACUGAUGAAGGAGUCAGAAAGGCCUCUGAGCUAUCCCCUGGACAGACAGCGAACCUUGCCACACAGAGAACUAGACAGCCAUACAAGAGGGAGUCAGCAGAAAGUGGACAGUCCAGGGAACGUGGCUCGGAUGUGUCAGAGGGAGAGAAAUCUGCCAAUGCAGGCAAGUGCCAGGGCCCUAAUCCCAAAAGCACUUAAAAAUUACUGCACCUAGAGUCUUUGUGUCC